AUGGAUGGGUUUGUGGGUCUUGAUGAUUCGAUCGUCAAAGGGGCGAUGGAGUUGUCGGAGAGUGAGAUGCCGUUGGCGGAAAAGGUCAAAAGACUGGCUCCUGCGUAUGCUGGCUCGUGUGCUUUGCUGUCGUUGUAUGAUCCUGCGUCGCGCAUGUUGCAUGUUGCAUGUACUGGUGAUUCACGCGCGGUGUUGGCGAGGAGAAGAGCAGAUGGGGGGUGGGAGGCUGUUCCUCUGUCUGUGGAUCAGACUGGUAAGAAUGAAGAUGAGAUUGCCAGGCUUCGUGCGGAACAUCCUGGUGAAGAUGAGGUGGUCAAGGGUGGCCGCGUGUUGGGUCUUGCGGUCUCGCGUGCUUUUGGCGAUUGCCAGUGGAAAUGGCCGUUGGAGUUUCAGAACGAUGUGCAGAAGAGGUUCUAUGGUCCGGCGCCGUUGACACCGAGGUAUCCUGUUUGCACGCCGCCGUAUCUGACGGCUGAGCCGGUGGUUACUAGUACUAGGAUUGGGGAUGGAGAACCGGCGUUCCUGAUCAUGGCGACGGAUGGGCUGUGGGAUAUGAUGUCUAGUCAGCAGGCUGUUGAUUUGGUAGGGAGGUGGUUGGAGGGAGCAGCGGUAGGUGAGAAGAGCAGCAGGUUGGAGUCGCCUGGGCGGUUUGACUUCAGCCGGUUCUGGGAUGAAGUGGAUUGGCAAUUUGUGGAGGAACGGACAGCAGUCCAGGAUGACAAUGCUGCUGUGCAUUUGGUGCGCAAUUCCCUUGGGGGCAAUCAUCAUGAGAUGAUAGCUGGUCGGCUUGCUUUUAGCUUCCCGGCUUCCCGGCGGGUGAGAGACGAUGUGACCGUGCAGGUGGUCUUCUUCAAUGAAGGCCCACAAAAGUGA